UGGUGACAUCAUAGUCAGGAGAAACGCAAAAAACUAGUUAAGAAGGCGGUUUGUAACUCUGAGAAGAGUGGAUGAGCGUGUGGAAAGGCAGCGAUCAGACGCGCACAGGUGAAAUCUUGAGUACAGAAGUCUCUGGCCGUGGGAGAGACGCGGUGCUGCGAGGGGGAGAACAGAAGCAUGGUACAGCAGACGGAGAACUGCGAGACGGAGAGCUUGUCUAGAGAGGCGACCGACUCCGACGAGAGCGAGUUUAUGGCGUGCAGCCCGGUGCCCGGCUCCGAGAUGAACCCGGACUGGUGCCGGACGGCCACCGGCCACAUCAAGCGGCCCAUGAACGCGUUUAUGGUGUGGUCUAAAAUCGAGCGGCGAAAGAUCAUGGAGCAGUCGCCGGACAUGCACAACGCCGAGAUCUCCAAGCGCCUGGGCAAACGCUGGAAAAUGUUAAAGGACAGCGAGAAGAUCCCGUUCAUCCGCGAAGCAGAGCGCUUGCGCCUGAAGCACAUGGCAGACUACCCCGACUACAAGUACCGGCCGAAGAAAAAACCAAAGCUGGACACAAACUCGUCCAAGUCGGCGCUGUCUCCCGAGAAGUCUUGCGCAAAGAUGCCGAAGAGCGCCACCAAGAAGUGUCCCAAACUGAAAGCGAGCAAGUCUGGAAGCAAGUACGCGGACGACUACGCGUACAAGAGUGCCAAAGUGGCCAAAAUAGUCAAGCAUGAGUUCACGGAUGACGACGACGACGACGAUGAGGACGACGACGAGGACGAGAGGCCGCGAGCGCGCUUAAAGGACCUGGACGACGAGGAGCGGGCGCGCGCGUACGGCGCGGCCAAGGUACCCGCGAGUCCCACGCUGAGCGCGAGCGCGGACCCGGAGACCGCCAGCAUGUACGAAGACGCGACGCGGAGCGCGGUGCCGCACGGCGCGCGCCUCUACUACAACUUCAAAAACAUCACCAAGCAGAGCGCGCCGUGCGCUUCCUCCUUCUCCUCGUCCUCUUCCUUAUCCUCCUCUCCAGCGUCGGCGCGCUCCGUUUCCACGUCGUCCAGCUCGAGCGAGGAUUCGGACGACCUCCUGUUCGACUUCAGCCUCAAUUUAGCCGCAACGUCGCAGUGCUCCGAAUCGGGCGGCCUCGCUUCGAACCUCUCCCUCUCCCUAGUGGAUAAAGACUUGGACUCGUUCAGUGAAGGCAGCCUCGGCUCGCACUUUGAGUUUCCUGACUACUGCACACCCGAGCUGAGUGAAAUGAUCGCCGGCGACUGGCUCGAGAAAAACUUUUCCGACCUGGUGUUCACGUACUAGAACCGUAAUAAACGUACGACCGACGGGAUCGAUGAUGAUAAAUGAUGAAAUUUCACGUGUCCUGCACACGCUUGUUUUGUUGUGAUCCUCCAUCACCCUUGUGGUGUUAGUCUGCUUAGCAGUAUUGGAGGAGAGAGAGAGAGAGGGGUUGGAGGAGUAGAUGCGUAUGAAGAACGGUACUGUAGAAGAGAGAGAAAGAGGAGAAGAAGUACUUUUCAGACUUUAUUUCUGGCAGCAUGACAGGGUUUUAAGGAUUUUCUUUCUGUAGGUCUACACUAUAUUGAUCGACUACAGUCGGGCCGCAUAUGCGGAACACACAAAAAAUAAUAUCUGAGAACUUCUAUGCAUCUUUAACCCUCUUUAUAACUGCAGGGAGAUGAACUCAAUGAGACUGUGGACUGACUCGAAGCGAAUCUGUGAACUUUUUUUGUGUCACCGUUCAUUCAGGACACAAGCAAACAAACAAAACACACGGUCCUUUUUCUGUUCUUUCUAAAGGUCUUGUUUUAUUCCGUUUUUAUACCCGAUUCUCGUUUACUUACCGGUGUGAACCUUAAAGCAGCCUAUUUGAAUCCUCUCUGGAGUCGCAGGUGGCAGAGGACCAGUUUUGAUACAUAAACAGACCUCAUGUUUUUAAAAGAAAGCAAACUAUUUUCAGGCGUAUUUUUGUACAGUGCAAAAAAACAAAAAGAAAUGAAAAAACAAAAAACAACAAAGGGAAUGUUCAAUGCGCGCUCAGUGAGUUUCAGGCACUUCUUUCCCACAUCAGUUUGUCUGAGCAUGCAGAAAGCGAGUCCUAGAUCAAGUUAGGCUCGACGCAGCAAUGCCUUGUGAUUUGAAGCUUUUUUUUUUUGUUUUUUUUGGUUUUUUUUUUGUUGUUUUUGUUUUUUGUACAGUUGUAGAUCAGAUUCGUCCAGUAUUUGUAGAACAUAAUGGCAUUUGUGAGGGAGAGAAAGGGGGAGAGAGUGAAAGAGAUGUACCUCCAUGCUGGUACUAGUUUCCAGAUUGUAUAUGUACUGUAAAAUAGUAAAAGUUAGGAGUUUAUGUAUAUCAUACUCGUGAUAUGUGGAUGGGUCCCAAAUCGCAGGUGUGAAACUGGAUUUUGUUUUAAAUGAUAAUAAUAAUUAUUAUUAUUUCUUAUGGCACAUACUGUUUCCCCUUCAUAUUUUGUUUCGUUUUUUUGUUUGUGCAAUAUAUUUACAUGUAAAUGCAGACCAUCUACAUUUAUGUUGUAGCAAAUGGUGGCCAGGCAGACAUGUGGGCUGUGAACGAUAUGAUCUGUCACCAAGCUGAAGUCUGUCUUUACAGUGAUAAGGAAAGUAAUCAGCUGGAACUGAUGGGAAAAGAAAUUGAAAAUGACCACAUGACAUGAUGCAUUAUUGUGGAGAAAAGAAUAAUAAUACAAAUAAAAUCAGUACCCCUCUAAAACAUCUGAUUUACUACAAAAAAAUCUAUAGAAAUUGACCCUGUUGUUAAAAAAAAAAAAAAAAAAAAAAAAUUGGCAGGUAUUGAUUGUAGGUGAGCUGGCUGAAAAAAUGGCAAGCAAGCAAAAAAUACAAACAAACAGCAAAACAGUACAUUCCAUAUCCUUGUUUCAUAUGAUGGAACGUUUUAUGUUCAACGUAAGACUGCCUUCUUUUUUAAAUGCAACCACAGACCUGUAUUUUUUUGGUUUCUUGCACUUAAGCAGAUUUUGUUUAUUUGAUGUGGGUCUUACAUAAAGUCUGUGUUUUGAAUAUGUGUUGGGGGGGAUGUGAAAUACCCGGAGAAGUGGUGACGCAUUGAGCAGCAGUUGCCUCACAUUCCAAGUGUGAAUCUCUUUGACUCAUGUUUUAAUAAAUAAAUAUCUACAUCAUAAA